GGAGGAGAGAGCACUGAGAGCAGAGAGCAGAAAAUCGGCCGCUUCUUGUCUUGUUGAUGGUGAAGGUAUAGAUGUGAAAAUUUAGAGCAGUGAAGUUUAACGUGCCUAUUUUGAAAGUUAAACAAAAUUUGUGCUUUGUGCGUUCGAUUGGAAGUACAAAGUUGUUUCCUUCAGUUGGAUUCAACUAAAUGAUGAACGGUAUUGUGGCUAUGGCACUACCGAUAAACAACAGCAUGGAACCACCAACCAAGAGGAUACGGGUCGAAGAUGUUACAGCGGAGAGACAGUACAGAAUCUGUGGCCUUCGACUGAGCUGUGAUCAUGAGCGUGCGCCAAAGAAUCAAAGAGAACGCUACAUUCGUUGAAACAGAAACAAAAUAACGAGUUUUAAAACAAAAACGAAACUCGAUUCGCCGAAAUGGGCGUGUAUUAUCGUGUACGCACCACCGAUACUCGAUGCUCGUUCCUCCCUGUUUUUUCUUCUCAUUUUGUUUCUUACUAGAUAGAUUUCUGCGUUUCGCCCUCAGUCUCUCGGACAUUUUGUGCGCGCAACCUUCAUUGCUCAGCCCCGAACACGGUUAAACGAGUCGAUAAAACGUAUACACUAAAAUAUUGAAAUAUAAGAAUGAGGAAAUUAAAAAUUCUUCAUAUCGUUCGAUUUUCAUUAAUUUCUCGGGAAAUUGAGAUUAAUUAUAAAACAAGAAAUUUCAAUGACUGAUACAAGAACAAAGGAAUCUUGAAAAAUACGUUUCAAUCAACGUGUUCUGAUUUCUGUUCCAGAGAAACUAGCGGUCUACUCGAUUGAUCUUGUUCCCUUAAGAACAAAAGUUGUGCCAAACGUUUCGAUACUUUAUUUCUAAACGACCCUUUUCACACUUCAUUUUCAUUAUUGUACCAAAAAUAACUUGACGAUUCUUCAUUCUCCAUGGAAAACGAAAAUUGGUGGAAAAUAUUUUUUUACUUCAAAUAUUUUUCAACAAAAUAUUCACAUUGAUACAUAUAUUGAGUGUGAAAUCUUAUAAAAUGAAGUUUUACUCGUGUCCACGAGACUUUGGAGUUUGUGUUGUUGCUGCACUCCAAAUUUCCUUUCAUUCGUGCGUAAAUUUCAUUUCACGAGUUUGGCCUACGAAAAUGAAACCUUCUGUAUCCAAAAUUUGUUAGAAAUUCACGAACCAAUAACUCAUAUUGAAGCAGUCAUUACUUUUCAGUGUGACUUUUAAUCACAUCCUAAUGAUGCAAAUUUCCAUAUCAUAUAUGAAUCAAUGUUUGAUUUUCAUGGAGAACUUAUUGUCAUCAGUCCUUUGGAGAAAAAUCAUUAAACCGUUUCAGUAAUUUAACACUCCAAAUCAUGAGGAAUAAUUGAUGAAUUGUAAUCAGUGGUGUCGCUUCCUCCGCAUGUGCGUGAUCGUUUUCGCAACAAAUGUUGCGAUACAAUUUAAAAAAAAAAGAUAAUUUCAAUAUGAGCUUUUGUAUUUUUUAUAAAAACGGUGUGUCGAUUGUUUUAAUUUCUUUAAACUUUCAGUUUGGCGACGAUUCAGCUAUGGGGAGCUGGGCCAUUGGCACCGAUACAUUUUACAAUCCAUUUAGGAAACACAAAAAUCAAAUUGAUUAUCAAAAGCCUGCAAAAAAGUUGAACGUUUGAUCUCUAUCGGGAGAAUAAAUUCAUUCUAAAUAAUGCUUUUUACAUCACGAGAACUCUCGGUGAAAAUUUCGUCGUUACGACCUUUGGAAACUUUAGUUUGAUCCCCCUGUGCAUAGCUAAUCUUAUCGCGCACAUUGAUGCAUUUAAAUUGCCUCGCGUCAAUCGAAAAUCGUUUCAAACCUUUAUAAUACAUGGUUACAAGUAUAUCCAAAGAUUUUUUGAUCAUCGUAAAUCGUGGUCACGAAUUGCAAAAAUUCGUGUGAUGAAAUAUAUAUAUAUUUUCGGAUAGUUGAGACGCAUUGUUUGAAUUUCUUCAAUUGAAAAAAUUCGAAGAUAUUACUGAGUGCAACCGUCUAACUUGUUAUUUCUUCGUAGGCAAUGUCUUGGAUUUCUUGCCUGGACCGAUCUAUGAUCUCAAUCAAACAGGGCAGGUCGUCGCUGGUCCUGGAGCAAAGUUUCUUACUUUGCCUGGUAUUCUUGGCGCCGGCCUGCCAAAAAUUUCAUCCGAGCAACAAGAGACAGUCACAAGAGCAAAAAAGUAUGCAAUGGAGCAGAGCAUCAAGAUGGUCCUGAUGAAGCAAACUUUGGCUCAUCAGCAGCAAAAGAAUAAAUUGGUCCUGCGGCAACAAGUUUUAUUGCUGAUGUGCAGCAAAUGGCUAGUCAGAGGAAUCAAGUGCAAAGACAACAGGCCCUCGCUCUGAUGUGCAGGGUAUACGUAGGAAGCAUAAGCUUCGAGCUCAAGGAGGACACAAUAAGGCAAGCGUUUUUGCCAUUUGGACCGAUAAAAUCGAUCAACAUGUCGUGGGAUCCGGUGACACAAAAACAUAAAGGAUUCGCGUUCGUCGAAUACGAAAUACCUGAAGCGGCGCAAUUAGCGCUCGAACAGAUGAAUGGUGUCAUGAUUGGUGGACGAAACAUCAAGGUAGCGGGACGUACCUAUAUAACGAAUUUCCCGUCCCCGCGCAAUCCUACUGUCUCGCCGGAGGUAGUUGGGAGACCGUCAAAUAUGCCACAAGCACAGUCGGUCAUUGACGAAAUAACGGAAGAGAGCAAACAUUACAAUCGUAUUUACAUUGCCUCGAUACAUCAGGACUUAACCGAGGAAGAUAUUAAAUCCGUGUUCGAAGCGUUUGGACCAAUAACCUACUGCAAAUUGGCGCAAGGUAGCUCACCGCACAGACACAAAGGUUACGGUUUUAUCGAGUACGAAACAAUGCAAUCGGCUCUCGAAGCUAUUGCCUCGAUGAACCUCUUCGACCUGGGAGGACAAUAUCUCAGAGUUGGAAGAGCGAUCACACCACCAAACGCUCUUAUGGGCCCACCGAGUGGCACGAGCAUGAUGCCAACAGCAGCGGCUGUAGCAGCCGCAGCUGCGACGGCAAAAAUUCAAGCGAUGGACGCUGUUGCCAGCAAUGCCGUUGCUCUAGGACUCACAAAACUAGGAGCCACGACUCCGCCUCUCCUUAAUCCAGCAAUUGUACGACCCACAACACCGUCGGCGAUACUUGUACCUCCAGUUAUCCCAACUAUAGCCCCGGUGAUUCCUCCUCCUGGAAUAGCCAUACCUCAAACAUUAACGCAACCACCAGCAAUAAUUCCACAAAUACCUGGACAGCCGAUAGUAAUUACUCCGCCGGUAGUUGUUGCACCAACAGCUGUAGCCACACCAGUGAUUUCAACUCCAAAUGCCCUCGGACCAGAAACAAUAAAGGGUGGCCAGGAUCAAGUCGUAAAUCAUAAACAGCAGGAAGAUGAUUUGCAAAAGAAAAUACUCGAAGAGACCGAGCCCCAAACUUUGCAGCAACAAGAAAAUUUGUCCAUAAAGGGACAGAGCGCGCGACACUUGGUGAUGCAGAAAUUAAUGCGUAAAAUCGAAUCGAGGGUGGUUAUAUUACGUAACAUGGUUUCACCGGAAGACGUCGACGAGAGUUUACAGGAGGAAAUACAAGACGAGUGUUCUAAAUUUGGUGUAGUCGAACGGGUUAUUAUUUAUAAUGAGCGUCAAUCCGAAGAUGAUGAGAACGCGGAAAUAAUCGUUAAAAUAUUUGUUGAGUUUGCACAAAUGACCGAGGCGGAAAGAGCAAAGGACUCCCUGCACGGUCGAUAUUUCGGUGGUCGUCUCGUCAAAGGCGAACUUUAUGAUCAGGCCUUAUUCGACAACAACGAUUUUUCAGGAUGAAUUUACGCUUCAGAUUCCGUCCAAUCGAACACGUGUCGGAUUAAACUGUUUUUCCUAUGGAAGAAUUCCUAUACGAAGAGAAAAAAUUAUGAUUUCAACGCAUACGAAUACUCUUUUUUUUUUUGAUAGAGCAUGACAAGCCUUAUCAAAUAUAUGUUUUUGAAGAAUUUUGACACUUAACAUUUGCGUCCGUAGUACACGAUUCAAUGAAAUUAUUCUACGUUCAAUAUUGUAUAUCGAUUAUACGUUUCGUUAAUUGUUUUUUCUUCACGCUUCCAUGACAAAAUAUUAGUGGAAGUUCGAACGUCGAAAGCCUUUUUAGUUUCGAAAUUCGGAUUAAUGAUAUCAUUCGCAAUAAAUUCGCGAUGAUGACACUUACUUUUCAUUCGUUCUUAUAUGAAAACAAAAAACGAGUUAGAGGGAACGAAAAUUCGACAUAAAUGUGAAAAUAAUAUUGUAACAACUUGAAGAAAUGUGCACUGGUACGUUUUCCAAUUACCAAUGUGUAGAUUACGAUAUCGACAUAUGUUUAUUUACCUAGAAAUAAUGAAAUAAAUUGUUUUACAUAUGAA